CUAUAAAUGUAACUGUCCCGCAGCAGGCAUGGCACGGCCCCACGUUCCCCUGGGGGCAAGUGAUGGUGGUUGGAAAGCUGCCACUUGUGACACUGGGGACAGCAGUUCUCAACAGCUCUAGCUCCCUCUCAGACUUUCUAAAGCUCCAAACUUGCUUUUUCCCCCAGGCUAAGAGCGCAGUCAUUACCAGCUGGAUUACUCAGCAGAGCAGCAUUCAAGUGAGAAACUGCUGGAGCUGUCACCACCUUCCCAGCCUGGCAGUGAUGCUGAAUGUUUGCUUUGUUUGUGAUCCCUUCUACUCUGGGGCAAGACAACCUGUGCUCCUACAUGCUUUUUAAGACCGUGAAAACAUCUUUGUCAGCAGCUGUUUUGUCUUAUAAGUCAGACAGGGAAGGGGCGGUGCUGGUUUGCUGGCACUUGUGGUUUUCAGUUGGUGCAGAGAGUUAAAUUAAUGUGGGAGCCCUGGGAAGAUAUGGUCUGUAAAAGAUAGAAACCCAGAUGAUUCUUUAACCAUGUCAUUGCCGCCAGCUGUUUGCAAAGUCCUGCAGCACUGCAGAUUUUCUCAGCAACUUCCUCACGUUCAGCAGGGAUAGCAGAGAGCUCGUGGGACAUCGUCCCUAGCAGAUGGUGUUGCUGGGGAAAUUGCUUUGGCAAAAGGGCUGGGAAGAGCGAGCCGUCCUUCCACGCCUGUUUUCUGACGUCGGGACAUCUGCUGGAACUCGAGUGGUGCACGGACGCCAAGCAGAAGGGUUUGGAGAAGAGCUGUGGGGCAGGGGAGGCAGACGGGGGAGUUCCACCUAGAGCUCUCGUGCACUGUGUCCGUGCAGGCAGGAACUGCCAGACAGCAGGAACGCUGUUGCUAUUCGCUUAUCAGUCACGGUAACCACGGGCUGCUCAGCACUAUGGGUGCUGUGCCAGCGCUGUUUCGUAACUCCGCUUCGUGGGCAGCGAUUCAUGGUGCUCAGCGCUGCGGGUGAGCUCCGGGGCUGGUGGCCUUGGUGCUGUGCUGACUGCACCCGGUGCUCCCCACCAUGGCCGGGCACCAACGAGGUGUGGGUUGAGGGCUGUCAGUGCCACCACCCGCUGAGCCACGAGAACUCAGCUCUUCCCAGCCCGUGCCAGCACCCAUCGUGAGCAAGGACUGACGCAGCGGCACCAGGUGCCCCCAGCCCUUCCCUGCAAUCCAAGCAGCCACGGCGCUUCCUGCUGCUGCUGGGCCCGAGCCAGGCUUCCUCCUCACCCCUAUUCUUAAGGGGAACAGCAGAUGGAUCGGUCGCUUCCUAGAGACGGGCCAAACACGGCCGCUUUUGCAGACAGAGCCGCUCUUGUUUGGAAAGGAAGCUCAGCUCCGACCUGCGCCCGCCGUGCGUGCCCCUCUCCUCAUCACCCAGCCCCCUCCUCUUCCUCCCAUCCCGCUGCCAGCCUUUCCCCGUUCCUUACCGUCCUGCGUUGCACCAAUCCCUUUGUUCUCGAACCCCUCCGCCCCCCCCACCCCGUGCUGCCCCAAGGCGCCCAGGGUCCUGCAGGUGACGGCUGCUCCCGGAGCUCUGGGGGCUGGACGCAGAGAGGGUCGUGGGCUUUCCGAGGGGCGUGCGGCGGGAGCUGGCGCGAAAACAAAGCAGCUCUAAGUCACAUCCUAUUAUUUUUCCGAACCAAAGCACCGCCAAAACAUCCUUCUGCUUUGGUUAAAUGAAAACAACAUAGUAAGGGGAGCAAACAGAGGGGCCGGAUCCAGGGGAGAACCCAGCGGUUGCGGACAACUGGAGGAGAGCACAGCCCCCAGUGCGCGAGUGGGGGGCAGAGGGGCACCGAACCCUACAGCCACCCCGAACCCUACAGCCACCCCGAACCCUACAGCCACCCCGAAGCUUACAGCCACCCUCUUGGCCCCGCACCCUCGUCCUGCCCCCGCAGCCCCGGGGCACGCUCGGCACACGCGGGCGGAGCUCAGCCCCCGGGCGGGGCUGCGGGCGGAGCAGCGGAGCGCGGUGCGGUGCGGUGCGGUGCGGUGCGGCCAUGGGGCUGCGGGCGGAGCUGGGGCUGUUGCUGCUGCUGCUGGCGGCCGUGCGGGGCGCGGCGGUGCGGGGCGAGCGGCGGAGGGCAGAGCUGUUCCUGCAGAAAUACGGCUACCUGGGAACACUGCAGCCAGGCCAGCUCAGCCCUGUGGAGUUCGCAGCAGCGCUGAGGGAUUUCCAGCGCGUGAGCCACCUCCCACCCAGCGGGGUGCUGGAUGUCCCCACGCUGCGGCAGAUGGGCCGUCCUCGCUGCGGGACGGGCGAUGGGGAGAGCCGCCCCGCUGCCCCGCGCCGCCGGCGCUCCAUGCAGCACGUCCUUGGACUGGGCACCGAGCCCAGUGGGUCGGGAUCUGGAUUUGGCCCUGGGAAGAGCAACAAGGCAAGGAGAGCUCCAGUCGGGUGCUCCAGCUCCUGUCCCAGGCAAGGCAGCAAGUGGCACAAGCGGCACCUGACGUACCGCGUGGUGAACUGGCCCCCGUACCUGCCGCAGCACGAGGUGCGCCUGGCCGUCAGGGCCGCCUUCGAGCUCUGGAGCAACGUCUCCUCGCUGGUGUUUUGGGAAGCGCGGGAUGGCCCGGCUGACAUCCGCCUGACCUUCUUCCAUGGGGACCACAACGAUGGGCUCAACAACGCCUUCGAUGGGCCAGGGGGGGCCCUGGCCCAUGCCUUCUUCCCCCGACGUGGAGAGGCCCACUUCGACAGCGCUGAGCGCUGGUCCCUGCACAGUGGCAAAGGCCGCAACCUCUUUGUGGUAGUUGCGCACGAGGUGGGGCACACGCUGGGGCUGGAGCACUCGCCUGCCAAGAGUGCCCUCAUGUCACCCUACUACAAGAAGCUCGGCAAGGACUUCGUUCUCAACUGGGAUGACAUCUUGGCCAUCCAGAACUUGUAUGGGAAGCCCUCCAGGGGCUUGGCCAUCCAGCUGCCAGGAAGGGUCUUCACUCACUUCCAGGACUGGAGUGGGGACCUGUAUGGUGAGGAACAUCAGCAGCAGAGCCUCAGCACCUAUUACUGCCACUCCUUCUUCGAUGCUGUAACUGCUGACAUGGAACACAACCUGUACAUCUUCAAAGGCAGCCACUUCUGGGUGGUGUCAGCCAGCGGCAAUGCCAGCCAGCCCCAACCCCUGCACAUGCGCUGGCCAGGCCUGCCUGCUGGUAUCGAUGCCUGUGCCUACUCCCCACUCAGCCACAGCUUCUACUUCUUCAAAGGUGGACGAUGCUGGAACUACCACGGCUCCACUUUGACAUCCGGCUUCCCCCAGAAGUGCAGCGCCCGUGGCCUGCCCCGCCACCCUGACACAGCCCUCUACUUCCAGCAGCUCCGGCGCCUGGUGCUCUUCAAAGGGGCUAAAUACUUUGUGCUGAGUGAGGAGACCCUCACCCUGGAGCCUUACUACCCUCGCAGCCUGCGAGACUGGGAUGGUGUACCACCUGGCACAACAGGGGCCUUGGUGCACCGCGAUGGCUUCCUCUACUUCUUUCGGGAUGACCGCUAUUGGCAGUUCAACCAAGCCAAGCUGAAGGUGGUGGCCAAUGGCAAGUGGGCCACCGAGCUGCCGUGGAUGGGCUGCUGGGAUGCCAAUGGUGGGCACGUCCUCUUCUGAGCCAAUGCUGAGCAUUGCUGGGACAAAAUGGUGGCUGAGCCCAUCCCAUUGCCCAGUCCGAGGGGUCCCGAGGUCCCCAGGUCCAGCACCAUGGACAGCAGCGAUGAGGCUGGGAUGGAGGGUCCCAUAUCACCAGGUGGGCUGUGAUUCAGCCAUAAGAACAUGUAUAAGCCAUGGAGACUGCAAAUGUACAACUUCUGCUACUUUCAGGAUUUUUUUUUUCAAGCCAGGACUGUUUUUUGUUAAUUCUUUAUUGUUUUUCCAUGAUCAGGCAGAGAAAUGCCUUACUGAUGGGUGCUUUGGUGCUUCAGUGGUUUUAAAUGAGCAACUGAGACUGUUUUUUGGUUAAAACAAGAAGAGACUUUUGGACAUAAGCAUAGGUUUAUGUCUCUAUAAGCAUGGGUUUAUCACUCCUAAAGGUGGCACCUGGGGCCUUGCUGCCCUGUACCUGGGAGUGGUGGAAUGCAGACUGCAGGAUAAGCCCAGCUCUGAGGGUGCUCUGAACAAAAUGGUGUGGUUCUGGGGAGGAAGUAGAGAUUUCUGGUGAAGGAACAGGGGAAAGGAAGAGCUGUGAGGUGGUACAGAGGGCCUGGAGGGCAGCAGGGGAUGGGCAGGGUGGAUUCUCUGCUGUCUAAUAAGGGUUAUGCUCCUCUCAUGAGCAGGGCAAGUGUCCCCUGCUCGGCCUCUCUGAAAUAUUAUUGAGUCCUGUACCUCCUUCCGUUCUGUUCUGAUUUGAGAUCUUGGAGCCUUUGGGUUUGUUUUCUGUGAUAUUUGUGAAUGAACCCUUCCUGUGCAGACACGGGGCACACACGCAGCUCAAAAUCUCAGGGGAUUUUUUGGUGUUGCCAAAGAGACGAGGCUGCAGUGUUUCAUUUUAAAUCAGAUGCUAAUAAUGCAGCAUCACUUGCAGCUUUCCAGGGGCCUGGAGACCUGACGAUGAAUAAAAUGAACCUCUGGAUUCACA